CCGAAUAAAAUUUUAUGGAAAAAAAGUAAAAAUAAAAGCUGAAAACUCUCUCGGGCACUAACAUCGAGGCGCUUCCCAUGACCAUCUAUUCCGGCGCCGGUGAAGCUUAUGCUUGCCGGCGUCGGGAGAUCUCCUCCUCUUGCUUUUGCUGCGUUUUAAUUCUAUUUUGCUUUUUUUUUGUUUUUGGCCGUUUUCUCAAUCUUCCCGAAUCUUCAACCUUUUGUCCAUUUUCCACGGUGCUUCAAUCCUUAGAGACAGAGAAAGGAAGAGUCCUCUAGUGACACUCCUCCUGCUUUUCCCUCUACUCUCAACAUCUAUUUCAAAGUCGACAAAAGAAGAUUCUUCUAGAUCCAGUGGUGUAUUACUUAACAAAGCUGAGUUUCGCUUCUUCGCGAUGCCCGUUUACUCUAGAUCUGGAUCUACACCAUCUCCUACAGAAGCUUAUUCUCUCCGGAAUUCGUCCAUGGCAAGAGCUCCACCUCCCCAUGCGCAUCAUUUGGAUCCUCCAUGGCUUAGUUCCGAGCUAUCGGUUUGCUUCUGGUGGCUGGAGGCCCUUGGACCGUCGGUGCCUGCGUUUUCUCCGGUAAAAACAGUGACGGCACAUGGCAAAACCCUAAUUUUGCUGGAGGUUCCUUUUAAUGGACUCGGCCCACAUAAUCAACAACAACAGCAGGGCCCAACGUUUACUCUAUUAUUGUCCAUCUUGAAGAGUUGCGGUCCAACAAUAAGAGUCUUGAAGCCCACCUACAAGGUUAUUAGCAAAGCCCAUCUUCCUUUUGUCCACAACCUAAAUGGCGGCCCAACUCCUUUAACUGCUCAACCCAGGCCCAACUGUCUUAUUCUUGUGGCCAAGAAAAUUAUAAAGCAACGUCCAUUUCCAUAUUUGCACAGUAAGGUUAUUAUUCAUGAAAUUGAAAGCUUGAGGAAGAACGGCAUUAUGAUCCCGUAUCCAAGGAACGGUGGUUACCGAAGCUUUCUCAACUUUUUAUCUCCAAGUCCAUCCGACCAUAGAACCGUCAACACUCAUCUCCUUGCCGAUGAGCAAUUCCAGCUCGCCCUUCUCGCGCCGACGAGAACCUCGGACAUGGAACCCUCUUCAACGUCACCUCGUCUUUUGACAGUGACCAACUUGUCAUCCAUCGAUUCGUUCGUGGAAGAUCAUUAAACUAGCCGUGACCUCACAUGUGCCAAAAUGCUUUAUCGCUUUUGUCUCAAAGCUCUCAUGGAACCUAUGUCGUUUCACCUUAUCCAUCUUUUUAUGGCAUUGGGGAAUGUCUCUUUUAUUAAUGUUUUAAACUUUGUGAUCUUUGAAUCACCCCUUCUUGUACUUGGCUUGAUUUGAAUGAAUGAAAACAAGUGUUUCUC